AUGUCUCACUCGUCGUUCCCAAUCUGGUCCAACUUGCUCAAGACGCGUACUGGUUCUUCAUCCAACCACAACAGCAACACUACCAACGCGAGCACUUCUUGCGCUUCUUCCAACGCAAGCACGAGCACGAGCACUGCGACUCCCAGCAAUCUCACAACCUCCAAUCUCAGCAACCUCGACUUGGUGCAUCCGUUGCCGUUCUUCUCGUUGACCUCCUCGCGUUCUGGAUUUUCCCGACGAACCAUCUCUGAAUCCUCGUCUGAAUCCUCCGACUCUUCGUCAACGACGCCCUCUGUGACUGAUCGCCCCCACUAA